AUGUCGUUAUUAUUGACAAUUGUUCCAAUUAUUCGAUCAGUAUUUUCACGAUGGACAGCUUUACAAUUAGCUGUAAUACAUUCAAUGGGUGGUCCAGAAACUCAAGCUAAAUAUGAAGCAUUUAUUGAAGCAUUCGGAGAAUAUCUUACACGAAAUAUUCGAUCAUCAUCAAUGUCUACUAAUGAAAAUAAUAUUCAAGAAUAUCUUGACGAAAUUCUUGAUGAAGAAUUUAAUACAGUUUUAGAUGAUGGUUCAAGUUAUGAAUUAGCACAAUUAUUUGUUCGUUAUAUUGAUUUAAUUUUACAAGGAAAAUUAAAUGAUGUUCAACAAGAAUUACAAUUACAAAAUUCAAUUGUUUCACCUAUUCAAAUGUCUAUUCGAAAUGAAAAUAAUAAUAAUAAUGAUGAUGAUGAUGAUGAUGAUUCAUCAUCAAGUGAAAGUGAAAAUGAUAUGAUUGAAGAAGAAAUUGAAAUAGAAAAACCAAAGACACAUUCAAUGGAUAUUGAUGAAGAUGGAUGGACAACAGUACAUAGACGAAAUGGAGGAAAAAAUAAGUAA